AUGGGUAUUGAGGCUAUGUUACGAUGGCCUGUUUGCAAAGAAUAUCUUCAUCAGCUAGGGAUCUCAACUUCUGAGACUCUGGUGGAACUGUUAGGUCAGGUUUCAAGUCACAUCGCACCUGCUACAAUUGGACAUGAAUCACCGGGUUUCAAUAGGCAGACUAUUCUUCAUCUGGUGGAAAAUUUCUUGGUCAAUAACAACGUUAAAAACCCCAUUAUUGACCCGGUGGAGUUAAGACGUGACGCCGAGGAAUUCCUGGACUCUUCGUACAGACACGGGGGAAGAUUUUGUCGUCUGGUGAGUAGACACCAAGUUGCAUGGAGAUUCAUGCUAAUAGCCCGCUGUUUUAAGCUUCUUGUCCUGGCUAUCAGCAGCAUUUCCACAUCCCUCACAGAUCACGCACCUCCAGGACAAGUUAUGGUUCCCCGCGACGCACCGGAGUUUCGAGCUGCGGAUCUUUACUUUCAGGAAUCUCAGCGUCAUAUGGGUACUCUCUACUGUGAAAACACCCUGAUUUCUGUGCAGUGCGCGUUUCUGUCGGGUGUUUACUUGAUGUAUACCAUGCGUAUAAUGGCGGCAUGGAAAGCGUUCGUCCAAGCUAGUACCCAGUGCCUGGGUUACUUUGCUUCCCGACGACGGCUCAAAGUUUCAUUCGAGUCUCAUGCCCAAAGUAGAGACGAGGUCUUAGAACACGGUGGCCAAACUUCUGCCAACUUGAGGGCUCUGGAGGAUUCAUUGUAUUGGAGUUGCUUGAAAAGUGAAAUCGAACUUCGUCUUGAAUUGGGACUUCCAGGAUCUGGUAUUAGCGGUAUACAGUAUCCGAAUAUCUUUCCAUCUGUCCCCAGUCUCGAUUGCUCCGAAAUCAACGCUCGAUCAAGCCAAACAUCAUCAUCAUCUGAAGCUGAUAGAGGAUUCCUAGUCAAUGGAUGGCUUUUCUAUUUAGGGGAAAUCGCGCUGAAGAGAAUGCAAUACCGAGUCCUUACCUACCGCUAUGAGCAUAGCGAUGGCAGCACUUGUCGUGAGGAAGACAGUACUGACGGAAACUCUGCUCUCUGGCAUAGCGUGGUCGAAUUCGACAUGCAGCUCCAACAAUGGUUGCAAUGGUUACCCCCUUCCAUGCGCUUCUCUGCCACAUCCACCGAGCCUCUAUACGACAUCCUGCCCUGGGUGCUACGUGGCCAUCACAUUGACGUUAUUGAAAUUCUUCGAUUUCCAGCCAUUUUAGUGAUUCUGAACAAUCGCAAGCUCGGUCCUUCGGCAGUCAACGCCAACUUGCCGUCUGUAUGCUCUGAAACUACCUCCCAAUUGGCCAAAGAGUACCUCGAAAGUGCGGUCCGUCGAAUCGAGGCGAAUGCAGAGGGGCUUCUUCAUCGCCACCAAGGCAGUUGGCUGACGAUGCGUAGCUGCACGCGUAGCGCCCUAGCGUUAUUGGCUUUGAAGCUGCAUUGCCAGUCAGAAUCUCAAAGCAACUGCAGUGAGGAUCAAGUACCAGAGGACACUCGAGCAAAUAAUUUGACGCCCUCACGAGUGCCUUUGCAGGCUGACUUCAUCCUACCAAGCCGAUGGAGACAUGCCGUAAUCCUUGUGUCAUCAAUGUUGAAGGCGUGGGAAUCGGAAAGUCCUGAUGUUGGUCGAUUAAGGCUUGUGGUUGAGGGCUUAUUGAGCCUGUGUCGCGCGUAA